UUCUCCCUUCGUCCGUCGGUCUGGCUGAGGAACCCUAUACAUAGUGGUAUGUACAUACACUUCUUCUCAUACCAUUCUUUUCAUGUAAAGAGUGGUGUUGCCACCUCGCUGUUCCUUCGCGCCCUCUGCAUCUGUGACCCCCAGUACCUGGAUGGAGAGAUCGACUUCCUGCUUCGUUCGUUCUCUAAACUGGGUUACCCUCGUCAUGUUCUCGACGUCGCGUUAUACAGUUCACUGCGCACCUUCUACCAUGACUCCUCUCCUAAAGAGAUUCUUCACCUGCCCGUCCUCAGCCUGCCCUACACUGAGGAGAUCUAC